GUUGUGAUUCUUUAAAAUAAGUUUGGCAGUAAGCAAAAAUUUAUCAACAUGCGUGGUUACAUGAAGCACCUAUUUAUAUAUUACUUAUAAAUAUACGUUAGUUUAGUGAAGUUAGUUUUACGAGUUGAUACAAUAUCGCUGAAUUUAGUCUCAAUCUAAAAACAUGAACUAAAAUUAGACUUGUUUUCCCGUGAAACAUUUUUUAUCGCUGCCGACAGUCAGUUUAUCCCGAUUCGCUGAGUAGUGCGCGCGUUAUUCCUAUACUAUGACGUCAUUGCUUAGCAAACGAUGGAUUAUUGAAAUGUUAAAGGUUUACCAAAAUAGCCCAUGUUUGUGGGAUAGAAGACAUCCAGAUUAUAAAAAUAGAUUGAUUUGUAAUAGAGCUUACGAAUAUUUAUUAAUGAUAUAUAAAAAAGUCGAUGAAAAUGCGACAAAAGAUUCGCUGCGUAAAAAACUGCAAAAUUUAAAAACUGGCUUCUAUAAGGAACUGCGAAAGGUGAAUAUGUCUAAGCUAACUGCGACGAGGCUUGAAGAUAUCUACGUGCCCAGUCUGUGGUAUUACGGCUCUUUAAGUUUCUUGGCAACAGAAUGUGAAUAUUCACCGGACAACUGUACUAUAGAAAUAGAGGACUCUGAUGAAUCUAUGGAACACGAAAAUAAUGAACGGAAUGAACUGAGUGAACGUAACGAAAAUCAAGAACCUGAAACAAGUCCGGUACUACCAAAAAAAAUUAAAGAAGAAAAAUUAGAAAACAUCCAACCAAAAGUAGAGACGUCCCCUGUUGAAGAAAAACCUGCUGUACAAAUAAAAGAUGAAGAUUGGGAUAUAUUAGGGAAAUCUAUUGCUAUCCAAUUACGGGAUAUAAUGAGUAAAAAACAAUUUAUCAUAACACAGAAGUUAAUUUCCGACGCUAUUUACUUCGCGAAGAUGGGUUUACUUUCGGAAAGUUCACAAAUUUCGUUGGAGACACAACAUCCAAAAACACCACAACACGAGAUGCCAUCUACAUCUUCACAUAGAUGUUAAGUUUAUUAUCAUAAGUUAGGGAAUAUAGCCCCCUGGCGGUAGGUCGGUGGACCGUGUCCACCCUAGGUUGAGGUAGCCUAUUAUUAUAGAUGCUGUCAAUCAACUUGACCCAUCGCUAGAUGUCCGCGAGUGCGACGGCGUAUCCACCAAAAGAUUGGUAGAUCAGGCAAUUUCUGCAUCCCGCAGCCCGUUGAAGCCUCGUCUACGUAUGCGUCAAAGAAGGCUUCAACUGCUUUUGUUCAGUAUGCCGGUGUAGGACGUACAUAGAGUUAGGGUCUCAGCCCAAUGCUCGCUCGGACUAUAAUACUCCGGAGCGUCGACAAAGGGUCCUAAGAUGGUAAAGCCUCUAUAACCAUUCCACAACCCUCCAGUGCGGUAGUGAUAAAGCGAACAUGGAAGUGAACAUGGAAGUUGGUCCUUUUUAUUUUAUGGGGCACAAACCUCAUUGAAAAAUAGCUAACUAUUCCCAUACGAAUCUUGUGUUUUGACGGUGGUCUUGAGGCAAGCAAUCCAGCUAAUAUAGAUCAACAUUGGCUGUCAAUAUGACCCUCAAAUUGCGUUGGUCCAUUUUUUCAAAAUUGUACAUUUUCAAAGCAACAUCGAUUGUCAAUAAUCACGUCUAUAGAUACCAGGGUAUAACGGAAAUAAUAUUGUUUUUAUAUUGACCAGUAGCGUAGCUUGACAUAAAAGGGCUCUCUUUCAAAAAUUUUUGGGGGCUGUUCAGGGCAGUGCGAACUUUAAGGCGCGUUUUAAUGUAAUGUAUAUGGACCAAGAGGGGCGCCCUAUCACUGAUACGACUGGUAUAACAGCAGCUACGCCCCUGAUGUUGGCUCCUUCCUGAAGUAGGGACAUUGUACGGUGCAUAGGUCCAGAUUGAGAUCAUGGUAAUGAAUCCAUAAAGCCAUAAUUGUAAAUUUUUAGAAGUUCAUUGUAAAUAAAUAUAAAGAAGUUGCAAAUGCACGAUACCUAAAACAGAAAGCAUUUAAAUGUAGACAUGCUCAUAAAUAUAAAGUGGCUAUCAGUAUAGAAUUGUAAAUCAAAAAUUUGUCUUAAAGGGUGAGAUUAAGUAGGCGUGCGGUCAAUAAGUACAAAGUUGAUUGUCGUAAUGUAGUGUAACUGAGGGUAGUCGUUUUAACAUUUCCCGAAAUUUUUUUCGAUGAAAAAACUUACAAAUAGCGGUUGCGCUUACGAAUUGCAAUAAAUCAUCCAUCAGUAUACGUCCCAAUGUACGGCUAACGGCAGCAUUACAGGACUAAUAGCUUUAUUUUAUAACAAGUGUCCCAUCAUGGGUAACACAAUACAGAUUGUAAUAUGUUUGUUUGAGUUAGUUGAAUUAACAUAUUAUUUUAGUUGCUUUCUUAGUUUUAUUCCGGAAAAAGUCUUUCACUUUGACGGAUCCGCGAGCAACAACUUGCAUGAAAUAAUUUUUUAUUUUUAAGUUUCAUAAUAAUUAUUAUUUUUAUAUGUAGAUAUACUUAUGUUUGUAAAUAAAGUGAUGAAACGAUA